AUGGAACAAUCUUCUCCACUGGCUGCUAUGCAGCCACCUUCCCUCCCAUUCGGACACUGGGGUUGUCGAGGAGGAACAGAGACUUCCUACAACCAGCAUCGAGGGCAAUAUGGAGGGCAAAUGAAUUUUGGGCCGUCAAGCUUCAACUUCAAAGAUCUCAGCAUGGCAAAGGCACCUACGGACUACUUGAAUCUCAAGCCUGUACGAGGAUCGUCUCCAACAGCAAGUCUUGCUGCUGACUUGUCUCAAAACUUUCACAUCGACCAAAGUCCGCAAUUGCCAACUCCACGUCGAUCACUGUUCUCCUCGAACCUAUUUGGGACACUCAAUGGUCGAGAACGCGCGAGCACGCCGCCGCUCCCCUCCUCUUCGCCCGGCCCAGGGACUGACUCGAUGGAGAUAUCACCGCUGCCCCAUAAGGCCCCCUUCGUUGUCUCAACCCAUGUUGAGCCUACACCGCUGACAUCCCCAAUGGAGGAGGUGCCAUUGUCUUUGCUUGAGGAUGUUAUGCAAGACUCCCCAACGGAAGCACCGAAACAGCCAGCACCUUCAGAGCGUAGAAGAUCCUCCUUGAUGAGACCUUCGUUGUCCCGCACUAAAGGCCUUACGACGACAUCAGUUCCCUUGAAGUCUGCUCGAACAGAAUGCCCGCCAUUCAGAUUUGGCAACGGUCCCUCCGUGCCUUCCUUGUCUUUGAUGUCCACCGAGGAGUGCUUUGCAUCUUCCACUCAAGGAGAUGCCCGACCACAUUCCGCACAUUCACCAGCACCCUUGCCGAUGGGCCCUCCAAGAUUCAAACAACCUUCGUCCGGUCUCGGUGGGCACCUACGAAGUAUUGGAUCACCCAUCGUUGGUCACGUCCGCAAACCGUCGAACCCUCUGCAACGUCCCCGGAAGCAGUUUCGUCGCUCUCUCAGCAUGUUCGAACACCCAGGAGAUGUGAUGAAGCAAGAGAAGGCUGCUUUCUCAGCGGCAUGCCUCGAUUCUAUAAUGGACAUUGAUGAUCCCCCAAGGUUACGACUGCCACACUUCAACUCGGACGAAGAGAGCCUACCUCGCAUCACCAAGGAUACCAUGGUCGACGUUCUCGAUGGCAAAUACGGCCAAUGUUAUGACCGGUCUAUCAUCAUUGAUUGUCGAUUCGAGUACGAGUAUGAAGGAGGCCACAUCGAGGGCGCCAUGAAUGUCAAUGAUAAAGAGCGAUUAGCGACGCAGCUUUUUGAAUCACCACCCCCGAACAACACGCUACUGAUAUUCCAUUGCGAGUACUCAGCGCAUCGCGCUCCUAUCAUGGCAAAAUUCCUACGUCACAAGGACCGGGCUUGCAAUGCCCACCAAUACCCAAAGCUUACCUUUCCAGAAGUGUACAUUCUAGACGGGGGUUACAGCUCUUUCUACACGGAUCACAAACCCCGAUGCUAUCCCCAAAACUAUGUCGAGAUGGGUGCGCAGGAACACGCUAACGCCUGCGAACGUGGCCUCGGACGUAUCAAGCAACAACGUGCGAAACUGAGCAGAGCACAAACCUUUGCAUUUGGGCAGCAUGGACAGCAGGUAGACGACAGUCCUACCGCUUCCAAUCGGCAAUCUAGCUCUCUCAUGACAGGAUUGGACAUGGCAGCCGAUGCUGAGAUGAUUUCGCGGCGAAUGCAAUCAAGACGUAUGGUGUCUUUUUGA